AUGAAACUGUCGGGAACCUGGCCUGCAAACCAGUAUCGAGACCAGGAGACACAAACUAGCCCAGAGGCCGAAAAACCUGCCCCUGAAAACAACGAAGCACAAAAAGACCCUGUCGCUCCCGACUCUGAAGUCCCUACUGAUAGCAGCAGUGCAGUGGGCACUGCGUUCACUUUUCCUAUUAAGGGAGUGAAGAGCCUGAAACUGUCGAGCAACAGCGCCUUCUCCCUGACCGCCACCUUCUCCAACCAGCUGAACAAGAGCACAGCUCAGCAGCCAGCAGUACCACCCUCAGGAAAUGUGGAGGAGCCCAAACCAGCAGAAAACAGUGGGCAGGAAGCAUUCGAACCAUUCCUGUUGAAACCCAUCGUCCAGCGUCCAUGGGAUGCUGUCAAAGAGCUGGAGACCAUCAAAAAAGAAGUCCAGGAUCAACAGCAGCAGCAGAGCAGCAAACAGCCCAGCGUUGAUAAGUGCAUAGAGGACCUCAACGAGGCCUACAAAGACAUCUUGGAGCUAGGCACUGCCAGCAAUAAAGUCCCAGAUGGUUCUGUUCAAAUUCCUGAGCGUAUCAAAAUCCGGUUGACAUCAGAACCUCUCAACAAGCCCAGCAGCCUUAGGCGCAGUGCAGUAAGCUGGUCUGUUGACCCAGAAUACAGGGAAGUCAAGAGCGCCUUCUCCAGGCCUGCUACAAAGUCAGUAACCUUCAGCAAGCAGCUUCGGGAGGAGCUCCCCGUCCCUCCCCGGGAGACAGGCUUCAGAGAAUACAGGGUUAUUACACAUCUUUCGCGCAGACGGAGCAACGAUGGCAGGACAGUAAAACUAGACCUGCCAGAUGAGCCUAUUGAGACACCACUUUGUGACUUCAGUCCAAUGACAAACACAGCAGCAGCUGAGAUGCCAUGGGCAGAUAGACAGCCCAUGCAGGAUGCCUCUACGCUCACUAGUCCUCCGGAUUAUGAGGACAUAUGCCAGACUUUGCGUCCCUCUAGAGACCCGGCGGAUGGCAAUAAAGCGUCCGCAGGCAAUUUUAAAUCUAAUGACGCAGAGACUCUUCAAGAUCUUAGAGGUGAAUCAGAGGAGGAGUGCCCUAUUUGUAAAAGAGAACUUGAGAAUCAAAUGAGACUGGGCCCAUUGCCUCCCCUUCACGAGGAGAACAGCUCGGACAGCUCGACCAAUCAAAAUGGCAGUCCACCACACCGCGCUGCAUUAGAGAGUCCGGCAGAGGGUGUUAAAACAGAGGAGCCAAAUGAUUCAAGUUUAAAUCAGUCAGGGUCUGACCUAUGUGCUGGAACAAGGGAUCAGAAUUCAAUGACAGAGGAACAUGUAGGAGGGGGUGACAAAGGAGACGAUGCUCAGGCAGAAAACCAGGAGGAUUUGUGUGCAGAUAAUCCUGUUGAGAGAAAACCAGCAAACGGAGCUACAGAGGAGAGCACAUCCACAAUAUUAGCUACUGAUGUGCCACAAGACCCCCAAGUCACAGCGGAACAGAGUGUUAGUGAAACAGUAACUAAGGAAGUAGAAUUAGCAGAGAAGGAAGCCAAUACAGGAGAAACACCUGAGGGUAGCGCAGACAAACAGACGGAAGAAGUGAAAAGUGAAAGUGAGGGACAAGACAGUGCAAUGCCUGAUAACAAGCAGGAGCAAGAAAAGAAGCCAUUUGCUGGUCCAGAGCAUAGACUUGUUUUACGGACUCAUUUGGGGCGAGAUCACCCCGGGUUACCGGAGUUCCCGCCAGAUAGACUGCCACUUUCAGUUCCUCCAAACCUAGACCGCAGGCUGUCUCUUAGCUUGGAGGGGGAACGGAGGAGCAAGGGCCCCGCCCAGCGAAUGGAGGCGUUGCAGACCAAGCUGGCUGUUUCUCCAGGUCGCGCGGCAGUGGAGCGCAUGGGUUGGAUGAGGGAGGUGGACGUCAUGUAUCGUAUGAGGCGGCUCAGCAUCAGGAGUACUGACUCUGGGGAGGCGGAGGCAGAAGGGGAGGGCAAGGACGAACCAGAGGAGGAGCCCCAGCCUGGUCCUCAGAGAGACGAGGAGAAUGAUCAAGAUCAAGAGGUCACCCAUUCACCGCAGGUCUCUGAGGAGACAGUGUUGCAAGAUGAGCAGGAGUCAUCUCUCUCAGAACCCCAUGAUCCCAGCCGAGCGGAGACAGAGUAGAAAGACUGCGUCCAUCAUCUUGAUCUGAGGUUUUUUAGCUCCAACACUGUGACCUGGCUGCCUACUAGAAUGCCUUCAUCUCAUCUUGACACUGAAAUGGCCUUCUUGUCCGACAAGAGCAUUGUGUACACCCUCACCCUCGGCGCUGCGUUGACUACUAAGAGUGCUGUUCCACUGCCAAAGGGAGGUGCCCCUUUAACUUGUGGGGCAACUUCCACUACGAAUCCCUACCCAGCCUUUCCCAAACUGACUUCCCACUACCCCAUCUGUCCUCCAUCCCCAAACCCAUCCUCUUAUAGGGUUUCUACUAGUUAGUCUUCUUGUAGCGGCUUGUCCUUUCUAUUCUCUUCUCCCUAUGCUUUUCUCAUUGGCAGACAUUAUGCAAUUCUGUCGUGCAUACUAGAACUUAUAAAAUGUCCAUAGUGAAUACAGUUGAGACAUUUUUUGCAUACUGAACGAAUCUUGUUUGUUUACGGGAGAACUAUUAAGGAUAUGAAUGUAAGCGUUUAUGUUUAAUCUAACGUAGACAUAGAAGGGUUAUUGUCCCAACCUUUUCUGUUGCAUUUAAACUACACCAAAAUAAACUGCGUAUCUGAUUGUCGUGGUGAGGCGACAGCUGUUUUAGAACUGGACAUCACUGUCUCUGGCUCAAGAACUGUUUUGAUUUUAGACGAGAUCAGUCAGCCUUUCUUUUCUUAAAAUGUGACGACAUUGUGCCCUGUCUCAUUGCUUUUGUACACACUGCAACCAUAACCCAUGAAGCUCUUCAAUGAAGAGUGACUCUACACCACAUGAGAUGAUAGACCAGUGACCUAUUAUACAUUGAAUUGGUUUUAAGCUGGAGGGGGAGAGUUGCCUUCUUUAGAUGUGCGGUAGUCCUCUGAUCAAUCCCAUGAAUAGCUCCCUUUCCAGGUAAUUUCAGGAAGCAAUAAAGGCACAGAUUGAGUUUAAGUGUUGGUAGGUGAAUUUGAUAAACUUUAAAGAUGGAUAUAGGGAAAUAGAGAAACAAAAAAAGAUAGGUAGAGCAAUAUUGUUGUACAAACAGCUCAGUGGUGUAGUGGAGCUACCUGUAGGACCCAUUGUCAGGAGUUUUGAUGUGUGUCAUUUGAAAUCAUAUUACAGGGAUAUGGAGUCGUGUCAGGGUAUAACAGGGGGUGGGUGCUUUACUUCAUGAUAUAUAUCUAUGUUCAUACAUCUGUAUCGCAAAGAGACAACAUUUCACGGAAAAGUUUUUUUUUUUAUCAUCGAAUUGUUAAUCAGUUUGCAUAAUGUACAAAAUAAAGUAUAUUUUAAAUAUUUUAAGAGAUAUUUUGUAUUUAACCAUGACAUUUGAUUUCUCAACACAUAUAUCAAGAUCAAGGUAUCAUAUGUCUGUAUAGUAUUAUACUGAGAGUAUACAUACUUUUCUAGUGCUUUAAAAUCGAAGUGAUAUGAGAAGGGAUGGCCCUGUGGUGUGCCUUGAUCACACGAUUCGGUUCCAGUGAGCGAUAGGGUUCAUCAUUGACGGUGUUGACGUGAUGGAAACUUUUUGAAUGUGCCAUGAUUUCUUAUUUGAUAGUGCUUUUUCAUACGCUAACAGAGUCAAUGUCGGACGCUCCUUGUGAUAUUUAAUUCAUCAAUCCAUAUCAGCUGUAACUCCUCUGUUGGUGGUCAGACAUGACCUGUGUCUUCUUUUUGUCUUUGUAUGUCUUCCAAUCCAAAUCAUGUAUCGUUCUGUUGUUGGUUCUUCAAAAACAAGUUUAGAAAUAAAAUUGGGAUUUUUUUUAUUUUCCUCCCUCCCUUCCUUCUUUCCCUCCUCUCAACUUCCUCCAUUAUUACGUUUAUUCUACAGCGUGUUCAUGUUGUGUAAAAUGUUCUGCCGUCCCUAACACUUAUUGCACUAAAAGGAUACAAUGCAGUAUGCUAUUUUUUGGCUAAAACCAUACAUUUGCAAAAGUAUGAAAAUCGUUUUUUUUUCUAAAUACAGGGUUUUUCAAAUGAAUUUAAAAUCAAAAUGUAAAACUUAAAACAAUGAUUUAAAAAAAUAUUCUUAAUGAUAAAAGUUUGCAGUUAUGUGGUUUUUCCUACAACAGCAGUGCUGCAUUGGUGUAACGUAUCAACAGAUUUGUAGUAAACCAUCACUGUUUAAUCACUCACCGAGUACCACUUAAUUGUUAUGUAGCAUUUUACAGUUGUAGCAUUUUAUCAACUCAGAACUUUGUCUUAGUAUUUCAAACAUUUCUUGUAAAUUUGGAAUAAUCAU